AUGCACUUUCACUUUAUGAAACUGGCCAUCGAGCAAGCAAACUUGUCCAUACCCGUCCCCUCCGGCUACUGUGUAGGCGCCGUCCUUGUUCAAGAAACCUUGCGGGAAACCAAUACCGUCAGACAUAGCAAUAAUGACAGUACCGAUGAUAUAUCAUCGCAGGAAUUUGAGGAGGACAAGGACGAGGGGUAUGCGGAUCGGUUUAGGGUUGUAGUUACAGGAUAUUCACGAGAGUUACCGGGGAAUACUCAUGCAGAGGAGUGUUGUUUGUUGAAGCUUGCUGCUUUGGGAGCCGAUACUGGAUCGAGGGAUGAUUAUUUUGAGGAUGACAAUGAUGAGGAUGAUGGAGAGGGUGAAGUAGCACCGUUAGCAGGAACGGCAGCAACAGGAGCAGCAGCAGCAUGUAAUGGUGGAUGUGGUAGUGAGCGAUGCAACAACAGCAACGGCACCGACAAUAAUCAGAUCAGCAAUAGGAGCGGCCGCAAGCUCAAGUCGAGGAGGAAAUGGAUCAUGUAUAGCACGAUGGAGCCAUGUAGUACACGCCUGUCCGGGAACCGAUCGUGCUCCGACCGCCUGAUUGCCUCAGGUAUCCGACAGGUGUAUGUGGGUGUACGGGAACCGGACCACUUUGUGAAGACGGUGGUUGGAGUGGAGAAUAUGGUUGAGAAAGGGAUUGAGGUGAUUCAUAUCCCGGGUCUGGAGGACGAGUGUCUGGCACCCAACCGACAUGUCCUGGACCUUUAG